UGGCCAAAUGAAAUUGCAAAAGAAGGUGGCGUUGGUGAACUGUCUAGAGUGAUAUUGAAUGCUGACCCUUCACUCCCUCAUGCCUUGUGGGAGUCAGCUGCUGCAGUAUUAUCCAGCAUUCUGCAAUUUAGCUCUGAGUUUUAUCUGGAAGUACCUGUUGCAGUGUUGGUAAGAUUGCUUCGCUCUGGCUCUGAAGGCACAGUUCUUGGUGCAUUGAAUGCUCUCCUUGUGUUGGAGACUGAUGACUCCACCAGCGCUGGAGCUAUGGCUGAAAGUGGGGCGAUCGAGGCUCUCUUGGAACUUCUCAGAUGCCACCUUUGCGAGGAAACUGCUGCAAGACUCCUUGAGGUUUUGCUGAACAACGUGAAGAUCAGAGAAACAAAAGCCACCAAGUCAGCAAUUGUGCCCUUAUCGCAGUAUCUUUUGGAUCCCCAGACUCAAGGUCAACAAGCAAGGUUACUGGCAACUCUUGCUCUUGGUGACCUAUUCCAGAAUGAGGCUCUUGCUCGAAGCAGUGAUGCUGUUUCCGCUUGCCGGGCAUUGGUGAAUCUGCUUGAAGAUCAGCCUACUGAAGAAAUGAAAGUCGUCGCCAUUUGUGCCUUACAGAACCUUGUCAUGUAUAGCAGAUCAAAUAAGAGAGCAGUGGCAGAAGCUGGUGGUGUCCAGGUUGUGUUGGAUCUGAUUGGUUCAAGUGAUCCAGAGACAUCAGUACAGGCGUCAAUGUUCAUUAAACUUCUCUUUUCCAAUAAUACCAUUCAAGAGUAUGCUUCAAGUGAAACUGUCAGGGCUAUCACUGCUGCAAUUGAGAAAGAUUUAUGGGCAACGGGAACUGUAAAUGAGGAGUACCUCAAGGCUCUGAAUGCACUGUUUGGAAACUUUCCCCGUCUAAGGGCUACUGAACCUGCAACGCUGAGUAUUCCACAUCUAGUGACAUCCCUGAAGACUGGUUCAGAGGCAACUCAAGAAGCUGCUUUGGAUGCACUGUUUCUUCUCCGACAAGCUUGGUCAGCAUGUCCUGCUGAAGUGUCUCGAGCACAAUCAAUCGCUGCUGCAGAUGCCAUUCCUUUGUUGCAGUAUCUGAUACAAUCAGGUCCCCCUCGGUUCCAAGAGAAGGCAGAAUUUCUAUUGCAAUGUUUGCCUGGGACUCUAGUGGUAAUAAUAAAGCGUGGCAACAACAUGAGACAAUCAGUUGGAAAUCCAAGCGUUUUUUGCAAGCUUACCCUUGGAAAUACUCCACCUCGCCAAACGAAGGUUGUUUCAACUGGUCCUAAUCCAGAGUUUGAUGAGAGCUUUUCAUGGUCCUUUGAAAGUCCUCCUAAAGGCCAGAAGCUCCAUAUUUCAUGCAAGAAUAAGAGCAAAAUGGGAAAGAGUUCAUUCGGGAAGGUCACAAUCCAGAUUGACCGUGUUGUUAUGCUGGGUGCAGUCGCUGGGGAGUACACUUUGUUGCCCGAGAGCAAAAGCGGACCCUCAAGGAAUUUGGAAAUAGAAUUCCAAUGGUCUAAUAAUCUUACUCAAAAUGCAAAUUAAGGUAGAGGAACAAAUGUUUGGAAUUUAUUUCUGUUUUCUGUUUCUUUCUUUCUUUCUUUCUUCCUGUUUAAUUAUUAGGUGAAUGUAUAUAGUGUCUGGUAUAGGUUUUACAACUCUUGAUCAUAUUUUAGUUUUGGAAAACGGCUAUUUGUCAAUGUAUUCUUUUUGUAACUUGAGUCAUUUUAGUAUCUUUAAGGAAGGGACAUGGAUUCAUGGUUUCCUUCCUUUGUAUUUUUGUAUUCAUAUUUGUUUGAUGAAAGAAAACAAUGUUUCAUUUUCACUUA